UUCAAAUAUUAUCAUAAAGAUAUAAGAGACUAUGGGAAAUAAAAAUAAGUGUGGCUUAUUGUUUAUAUCCAGUACAUACUUUUGGCUGGCGUUUAGUUCUACUGUUGAUCUCGUGGGUCUUGUUGAUCUAACCUAAUAAUCCUACUGCUUAGUAAUAUUCGCGUGUGACAAGAAUCGUAUAAUUUCUUGGCGAAAUGUCGGAUUCAGAGGCGAGUAAUAUUUCGGAUAAUGAGAGCGAACGUGGAGGCGGUGGCAGCGAAAGCGAACAGGAUGAAAAUCGUUCUGUGAAGUCUGCAGCUGGUAGCGAUGCCGGCAGCGUCGGAGAAAAAUCACGUAGCGUUUCCCGGAGUAGAAGUCCGUCUAGAUCACGUUCAAGAAGUCCUAGCAGGUCUCGAUCACGAUCACGAUUCCGGUCGGCAUCUGGUUCAGAGGAUGGCAGAGGAGACGAAGCAGAAGAAGCUAGGUCUGGAGAUGAAGAAGUGGUGGAACCAGAAGAAGAACCAGAAGGAGAAGAUUUGGAUGAAAGCAGUGAAUAUGAUGAAGAGGAGGAGGAAGAAGAUGACGACAGACCUAGAAAGAAAAAGAAAAAGGAUAAGUAUGGUGGUUUCAUCAUAGACGAGGCUGAAGUAGAUGAUGAGGUCGAGGAUGAUGACGAAUGGGAGGAGGGUGCACAAGAAAUUGGUAUUGUGGGGAAUGAAGUAGAUGAGUUAGGUCCUACUGCUAGGGAAAUUGAAGGAAGACGCAGAGGAACUAAUUUGUGGGAUUCUCAGAAAGAAGAUGAAAUAGAAGAAUACUUGAGAAAGAAGUAUGCAGACGAGUCUGUGGCAGCUCGCCAUUUCGGAGAUGGUGGUGAAGAGAUGAGUGAUGAAAUUACCCAGCAGACUUUACUACCAGGUGUAAAAGAUCCUAAUUUAUGGAUGGUAAAAUGCCGCAUUGGAGAGGAGAAGACAACUGUGCUUCUACUUAUGCGGAAGUUCAUAACGUAUCAAAUGUCAAAUGAACCGCUUCAAAUCAAAUCUGUUGUCGCGCCUGAGGGUGUAAAAGGUUAUAUUUACAUAGAGGCUUACAAACAGCCGCAUGUAAAAGCCGCUAUCGAGAAUGUUGGAAAUUUAAGAAUGGGUAUCUGGAAGCAACAAAUGGUACCGAUUAAGGAAAUGACUGAUGUGUUACGCGUGGUCAAAGAACAGACAGGCUUGAAAGCAAAGCAAUGGGUUAGAUUGAAGAGGGGCAUUUAUAAAGAUGAUAUAGCUCAAGUUGAUUACGUUGAUUUGGCACAGAAUCAGGUUCACUUAAAGCUAUUGCCCAGAAUCGACUAUACAAGGCCACGCGGGGCUUUGAGAACAGCGCAAAGUGAAUCCGAAGCUUUGAAACGAAAAAAGAAGAGAAGACCAGCAGCAAAGCCGUUUGACCCUGAAGCUAUUCGAGCAAUUGGUGGAGAAGUUACUAGUGACGGUGAUUUCUUAAUAUUCGAAGGAAACAGAUACAGCAGAAAGGGAUUCCUGUACAAAAAUUUUACAACAAGCGCCAUCAUCGCGGAAGGUGUAAAACCAACUCUCUCCGAAUUGGAAAGAUUUGAAGAAGCUCCCGAAGGUGUUGAAAUAGAUUUAAGUGGAGGUCCAGUGUCUGGAAACAAAGAGGAUACUGCUGUGAUACAUUCCUUCAGUACUGGUGACAAUGUCGAAGUAUGCGAGGGUGAAUUGAUCAAUUUGCAAGGAAAAAUCGUUUCGAUAGACGGAAACAUGAUAAUGGUCAUGCCCAAACACGAAGAACUGAAGGAAGCAUUAGAAUUUCAAGCGUCAGAAUUGCGAAAGUACUUCACCAUGGGAGAUCACGUGAAAGUUGUUGCCGGAAGGUACGAAGGUGACACAGGCCUAAUCGUUCGGGUAGAACAAAAUAGAGUGGUUUUAUUCUCUGACCUGUCGAUGCACGAGCUCGAGGUCCUUCCUAGAGAUUUGCAACUUUGUUCCGACAUGGCCACCGGUGUGGACAGCUUAGGUCAGUUCCAGUGGGGCGAUUUAGUACAAUUGGAUGCACAAACAGUAGGUGUAAUUGUUCGUCUUGAACGCGAGAAUUUCCAUGUCCUGUCCAUGCAUGGAAAAGUGCUAGAAGCUAGACCUCAAGGCUUAACAAAACGUCGGGAGAACAGAAACGCGGUUGCGUUGGACUCACAGCAAAAUACCAUACAGAAGAAGGACAUUGUGAAGGUGGUGGAUGGCCCCCAUGCUGGAAGAGGUGGCGAGAUCAAACAUCUGUACAGAAGUUUCGCGUUUCUACAUUCAAGGAUGUUCGUAGACAACGGUGGAAUAUUCGUUUGCAAAACGAGACACUUGCAACUCUCUGGCGGGAACAAGUCUGGCAUGAAUUCUAUGACACCAGUAGCAGGAUUUAUGUCACCGAGAAUAGCUUCGCCGAUGCAUCCUAGCGGAGGUGGCUUUGCCAGAGGCGGUGGCGGUGGUGGAGGAAGAGGCGGCAGAAACCGCGGUGGCGGAGUCCGCCGAGACAGAGAACUAAUAGGAACCACCAUAAAGAUAACCGGUGGACCAUACAAAGGAAAUGUCGGAAUUGUAAAGGAUACCACGGAGACGACAGUACGCGUGGAGUUGCAUUCCUCCUGUCAGACCAUCUCCGUGGACAGAUCGCAUAUUGCGAAUGUCAGUGUGCCGACCAGAGAUGGUGGCUUUAGCAGCUACAACAGAACACCAGCUUACGUUGCCGGCAGUCAAACUCCGAUGUAUGCCAGAGAUGGAUCGAAAACACCUAUGCAUGGUUCACAGACACCUAUGUAUGAGAAUGGUUCUCGUACACCUCAUUAUGGCUCGAUGACACCGUCCCAUGACGGCUCACGAACACCGGGACAAUCGGGAGCCUGGGACCCAGCGGUUACUAACACUCCCGCAAGAACAAAUGACUUUGACAGUUACAGCAUGGAGGAAGGUGGAUCUCCAGGUUAUGCUCCAGGUUACCCUUCCACCGGUGGUCCGUUUACGCCACAAACACCCGGCACAAUGUAUGGGUCAGAGCAGAGUUUCAGCUCGUACCAACCGAGUCCUAGUCCAGCUGGGAGUGCAACAGCUAGUCCUAGUCCUGCAGGCUACGUUGCUACUCCUUCACCAAGUGGUACUGGAUACACCACCAGUCCACAUGGAGCCUUUGCUACUCCCUCACCGAUGGGCUAUAGUCCAAUGACUCCUGGAGUUGCAGGUAGUCCCUAUAAUCCGCAAACACCAGGUGCAGGUCUGGAUACCAGUAUCGGGGCUGGCAUCAUAGGAGGAACCGAAUGGCAUACUACAGACAUUGAAGUUAGAAUUCGGGAUACUCAUCAGGAUACUUUGCUCGCUGGACAACAGGGUGUUAUUCGAGGAAUAUCCGGUGGCAUGUGCGCUGUCUUUUUGCCAGUCGAAGAUAGAGUCGUGAACCUGGUCUGCGAGGAACUUGAACCAGUGGUACCCUCGCGAGGCGACAGGGUCAAGGUCAUAAUCGGUGAAGACAGAGAAGCUGUAGGCACACUACUUUCCAUAGACAACCAAGAGGGUGUAGUGAAACUGAACAAGGACGAGGUGAAGAUGUUGCAUCUGCGAUUCUUAUGUAAAAUGAAGCCCGCGAACACGUAAUUAUCCAUUCCAAGAUAGAUCGCGAAUGGGGGGUACUAUUGUAUGUAUGUAUAAGUUAACCACAAAAUUUCGCGGUGUACCGCGCUUUGUGUUCACGUAGCUACUAAAAUGAAUACAUAUCAUUACUGUAAAAAAAAACUAGAGUGAACCCCCUUUUUGCAAUGACAAAGACACAAAUAUAAUUUUAAGAAUUCGAUAAAAAGAUCAAUUAUGUUUACUUAUAAACCUGCCUAUGUUCCACAGGCAUCUCUAUUUAAUAAUAACGGCCCUUUUCAGGGCCUCAACUUCAUUCUAGCCUCAUUCACUGCAGAGGUGAUAAUGUCGGUGCGAUAAUAAAAUACCAUUUUCUAUUAACCCA